UGGCAGGUCUUAUUUUGGCGCCAGAAACCAGAAAGCGGCACGGAGUGAGAAGGGAACUGUAGAGGAAGAGGAGAGAGAGAGAACUCAGAAGUGAGAAAAGAGACUGAGAGACUGCGAGGAAGCAAAAAUGGAGGCCUACGGAGGAUACUUGGUGGAUGAGAAGGCGGUGAGGGUAGAGUCCAUCUUCGUGGACUUCCUCAAGAACUUCAGGAUCGCAGGUGGAGGAGGAGAGGCGUAUUACGAGGCGGAGAUCGAAGCCAUGGCCGCCAACGAAUCCAGCACCAUGUUCAUUGACUUCUCCCACGUUAUGGUCUUCAACAAUCUCCUCCAGAAAGCCAUUUCCGACGAGUUUCUCAGGUUUGAGCCCUAUUUGAAGAACGCUUGCAAGACAUUCGUGACCCAGCUCCGCCCCAACUUCAUCUCCGACGAUACAAACAAGGACAUCAAUGUCGCCUUCUUCAACCUCCCCGUCUCCAAGAGGUUGAGGGAAUUGACCACUGCAGAAAUUGGAAAAUUGGUAUCGGUGAAAGGUGUGGUGACUCGGACCAGUGAGGUUCGACCAGAGCUUCUCCACGGGACAUUCAAGUGCUUGGAGUGCGGAGGCGUCAUCAAGAAUGUCGAACAACAAUUCAAGUACACCGAGCCAACAAUCUGUGUCAAUGCCACCUGCUCCAAUAGAGCAAGGUGGGCGUUGCUUCGGCAAGAGAGCAAAUUUGCAGACUGGCAGAGGGUACGAAUGCAGGAGACGUCCAAAGAGAUACCUGCAGGCUCCCUUCCUAGAUCACUGGAUGUUAUUAUCCGCCACGAGAUUGUUGAGAAGGCCAGGGCCGGUGACACGGUCAUUUUCACGGGCACAGUGGUUGUCAUACCAGACAUAAUGGCAUUGGCCUCCCCUGGAGACAGAGCAGAGUGUUCUCGACAAGCAUCCCAGCGCAAUGGUUCUAUGGCUGGACAUGAAGGAGUGAGGGGUCUAAAAGCAUUGGGAGUGAGAGACCUCUCCUAUCGCCUUGCCUUUAUUGCCAACUCAGUUCAGAUUUCUGAUGGUAGACAGGAUACUGAUGUCCGGAAUAGAAAGAAGGAUGCUGACGACGAUGACAACCAGCAGUUCACUGAAGAAGAGAAAGACGAAGUUCAAAGAAUGAGGAAUACCCCUGAUUUCUUCAAUAAGCUUGUUGAUAGCAUUGCCCCAACUGUAUUUGGCCAUCAAGAUAUCAAGCGUGCAAUUCUGCUUAUGCUCCUGGGUGGUGUCCACAAGUUUACUCAUGAAGGCAUCAACUUGAGAGGAGACAUCAAUGUUUGUAUAGUUGGAGACCCCAGUUGUGCAAAAUCUCAGUUCCUCAAGUAUACGGCAGGAAUAGUUCCAAGAUCUGUUUACACUUCUGGGAAAUCCUCCUCUGCUGCUGGUUUAACUGCAACUGUUGCCAAAGAACCAGAAACAGGAGAAUUUUGUAUUGAGGCAGGCGCGUUAAUGCUUGCUGACAAUGGUAUUUGUUGCAUUGAUGAAUUUGACAAAAUGGACAUUAGGGAUCAGGUUGCGAUUCAUGAGGCCAUGGAACAACAGACAAUAAGCAUUACAAAAGCAGGGAUACAGGCAACACUGAAUGCUCGAACAUCAAUUCUCGCUGCUGCUAACCCCACAGGCGGCCGUUAUGAUAAAUCUAAACCACUCAAGUAUAAUGUGGCUCUUCCUCCUCCUAUCCUCUCAAGGUUUGAUCUGGUAUAUGUUAUGAUUGAUGACCCAGAUGAUCAAACUGAUUACCACAUUGCCCACCACAUUGUAAGAGUACAUCAAAAGCGCGAAGAGGCACUCACUCCUGAAUUCACUACUGCACAGCUGAAACGUUAUAUUGCAUUUGCUAAAACUCUGAAACCUAAGUUAAACUCCGAUGCUAGAAAGCUGUUGGUGGAAUCUUAUGUUGCUCUCAGAAGAGGUGAUACUGCUCCUGGUAGUAGAGUUGCUUAUCGCAUGACAGUUAGGCAACUAGAGGCGUUGAUUAGACUAUCCGAAGCCAUUGCUCGAAGUCAUUUAGACCUUCAGGUAAAACCAGCCCAUGUCCGUUUAGCAGUGAGAUUGCUGAAAACAUCAGUGAUCAGUGUGGAGUCUAGUGAGAUUGAUCUGUCCGAUUUUGAUCAAGGUGUAGCAAAUGAUGAUGGUGCAGCUGACCAAGGAAAGAUUAAAGUAAGUGAUGAAUACUUUCAGAGGAUUGCCCAGGCCCUUGUCAUGCGUCUUAGACAGCAUGAAGAAGAUGUUAGGCAAAGCGGGACAGGGCUGGCUGGAAUGAGGCAGAGGGAUUUGAUUGAAUGGUAUGUGAGACAGCAGGACGAGAAAAAUGCUUACAGUUCCAAGGAGGAGGCGGAGCGUGAAGUCACCAUAAUCAGUGCCAUAAUAGAGUGGUUGAUAACAAGAGAAGGACAUCUGAUAGUACUACAUGACGGUAGUCAAGCAGCAGAAGGCGAGGGUGAAGGCGAAGGUGGAGGUCAAGGUGAAGGCGAAGGUGUAGGGCAACAGUCAAAAAAAUCUAGAAAAGAAAGAAUAUUGACUGUGAAUCCCAACUAUGUUAUAGAUUAAUCUGGUGAUACUCUUUAAGUAGGAAACCGUCAAACCAUCAAUUGUUGGUAAGUUCACAAUCCCCCGAAUAUAAUUUGUUGCUCAGUUUUGAGCUUAGUUUGGCUCUGCCGUGUUGCGGCAAAAUUUGUUGCAGAAAGAGAGAUCGGUAAUUUAUUAGAGCUGAAACGUUCUUAAUGUAGUUUAACGCGAUUUACUAAUGAAAUGAACUACUUUAUAACUUG